CAAGCUUCUCCGGCGGUCGGUGAGUGAUGGGGACGAGUCGCGGUGCAGGCUGUGUGAUUAAGAGUCUGUGGCUUCUGGUCGCCGCCAGGUGCGCUUUGGCGCAGGCGCCGCCUCCCUCGACGCCGUCGGAUAAGUAUAACCCCUACUUCGGCUCGCCGACCUUCAACCCCACCAUGGCCAUCGUCAUCGUGUUCCUCGUCACGGCCUUCUUCUUCGUCAUCCUCCUCUCUAUCUACAUCCGCCGCUGCGCCGGCGGCAGCUUCGACGACCCUGGCGGCCCCGGCCGGCCGCGGCGGCUGCUGUCGCGGCUGCAGCAGAACAGGGGGCUCAGCGCUGACGUCAUCGAGACGUUUCCGACGCUGCUUUACGCCGAUGUGAAGGGGCUCAAGCUGGGCAAGGGCGCGCUGGAGUGCGCGGUGUGCCUCUGCGAGUUCGACGACGACGACGCGCUCCGCCUCCUGCCGCCCUGUAGCCACGCCUUCCACCCCGAGUGCAUCGACGCCUGGCUGGCCUCCCACGUCACCUGCCCCGUCUGCCGCUCCAACCUGGCCGAAGAAUCCGGCGGUGCCACCAUCUACCUUUUGGAUUCGCCCCCUUCCAUCGACCCCCCUGCGUCCCUCGAACCCCCUGUUUCUCCGCUGCCGCCGGAUCAAGUGGCCGUCGUCGUCGAUCCGAAGACGGGUUCAGAGCCGAUGGCCUCGCUGACGGAGAGACAGAGGAGGGAUGUAGGUUCGCGGUCGUGGAGACUGCGGCCGCCGAAGCUACUACGCUCAUACUCCACCGGGCACUCCGUGACACUUCCCGGGGAGAACGUCGACCGCUACACCCUCCGGCUUCCGGAUCAUAUUCGAAGGGAGAUCUUUGCCACCCCCAACAACCUCCAUUUUCCGACGAGCCGCCUCGAGCUCACGGACGAAGGCACCUCCCACCGCGUCGUCGGCGGAUCAACAAUAGACGACGCGAGAAACCGCGCCGGGAGGGGCGUACGUUUCGGAAGGUCAGACCGUUGGCCUUCGUUCUUCAUCCGCACGUUGUCGGCGAAGUUUCCGGCGCGGGCCACGCCCAGGAGAGCGGACGGCGGCGAGGCGCCGGCGAGAAAGUGGGAGGCAGAGGGGACAUCAAGCGGCAAAUUCGAGGGACCCACGAGGGCUCCAUUCAACUGCCCCAGCCCUCCAGGCAACGAUGCAAAGCCGGCGGACGACCAGGACUAGACUAGGCGCCGGCAGCCGGAGGAUCAGUCAAAACAGAACCAAGCUGAUCCCCUUUUUCUUGCAAAUCUACAGGUAUAAUGUGGCUCCUACAAAAUGUAGAUAAUAUGAAAAAUCAAAAAGCAAUCACAAGUCGGCAAACUUGAGAUUGAAGGGAGUGGUUCCACUGACUUGUCAAUGCCAAGACUCGAUGCGUUUCGAUUAAUCUAAACUAAACAAUCUUCAUCUGA